UGUUCUAUGGCAUUCAAUUGUUUUGUCUAAAUGUUUUUCAACGAGCAAAAUAUUAUAUCUCCAUAAAGUCAAAAUUUUUCCAGCUAAUCUGUUUUUAUUGCACAUAAAACCAUUCUAACGAGUAAUGAACACGUAUUGGAUUUGUUCCGAAUUUAUUCGCUAGGAUCAUUGUCAUCACUUUCACUUUUCACGCGUUUUAGUGGUUCUAGUGUGUAAACGAUGCAACAACCCGCAGUCGCCAUGGAUGACACCAUGUCGACUGUAACGAAAAUGACCCGCACGGUUAAGAAACUGGAGGUGCCCAGACCAUUGAAAUCGACGACCAGUUCUGCUCAUAACCGCAACUCUGUAUUAGAUGUCAAAAUAAACUCUGUGGAUGAUCUAAUAGUGUUGACGGAAGCAGUGGCAUAUGAAAUGAUGCAAGGCAACUAUGACCGUGCGCUUCAAAGUAAUGUUUCUACCAUGUAUUCUAACUUAAAGCUUUAUGGGGCGCAGCUCGAAGCACUCUACAAAGAUUUCCUUGAUAGAUAUUUUGUUGUGUUCCGCAACGGUUCGCAGGAUGAACGCUUGGACAAGAAAACGAGGCUACAUCUUCUUGAGUUAAUUGAGCUGCGUGCUAAGCAUUGGCAGACUUCAGACUAUAUGAGUCAGUAUUACAGACACCGUGGCACACAUGCAGAGCCACUACUGGUGCCGACGAUGGAAGGCGCGGGCGGGUCCGUGUCCCCGACGCUGGCUACGCCGCCCGAGCCGCCCGCGCUCCUGCAGCCUGGGGAGGUCAUCAAGCCCUCUGGCAAGUUCCCCAAACCCACCAAGAUCCCCGGCAAGAACUACUCUAAGGACGAGGUUGUUAUUCGAAACGCUGAUUCUGGAAAAGUGAUGGGUAUCAAGGGCAGGCGGGUGCACAUGAUCGAGGAGCUAAGUGACACGAUCAUAUCGUUUCAGCGAGUAAGCCCUGGUGCUAAGGAGCGUCUCGUUCAAAUCACUGGACCCAAUGAGGAAAAUGUGAAUCACGCGAAGCAUCUGAUCGGCGACACGAUCCGGCGCAACGCGUCGCCGGUGCGGCUGGAGGGCGCGCUGGAGGCCGGCGCCGCCACCGACGACAACGGCGACGACGCUGACGACGAGCCGCGCGCCAGGGAGAAAUCGCCACACAGCAAUCGAGCUUUACUUCAUAGUUUUUCAACGAACGACGCAGCGUUAGGAGAAUAUAAAUACACUGUGACUUUUGGUCAACAUUCCAUCAAAAUCACGGGGCAGAAUCUGGAUCUCGUCAAGACCGCGAAGCUGGUGCUGGACGAGUACUUCGAGAGCUCGGGCGCGCUGGAGGCGUGGGGCGCGGGCUCGGGCGACUUCUUCACGCUGUCGCAGCGCCCGCAGGCCGCGCUGCUGCUGCGCGCCGACCCCGAGCUCAACGGCGACCGGGACGACGUGUUCGCGCCGCCGCUACCCGCCGCCGCGCACGACGAGCCCGCGGCCGACGACGCGGUGCCGCGCCGGCCGCGCUUCUCGCGCGCCGCGUCCACCGACAAGAACCAAGGGCCGGGCGGCUGUGGGGCCGGCGCCGUCCCUCGGCAGACGUACACGUACGAGACGCUGGUGCAGUACGCGGACUCGCCGCUCAGCAAGCUGCCGCCGGCCGGCCUGGCCGCCUUCCCGCCGGAGCUGGCGCGCAAGCCGGAGGGAGCGGGCGCGGGCGCCGGGCGCGGCGACGCCGCCUACUAGCGGCCGCGGAACCUCUCUCCUCUCCCGUCCGCUCGAUCCCACCCCGGUCUCCCGUCCGGCCGCCCGACGAACCCGAACCUUCUCUAUAAAAAUGUUUUUUAUAAGCUAGUUUGAGAUCCCACCCGGUCGUGUGCCGCCGGCGUCGGAUCGGUCCGAAUGUAAAGACGCUUGCAUGUUUUCAGCUUCGGUUUGAUGUUAGUGGUUCCGUCGUGAGUUUUCUAGUUCCGUGAUCGGCAACUGAGAUUAACUAUGACACCGGUUGAAGUUGGAAACGCACUGAAAACAUUCAAACGCUUUAAAUUACGUACUCGUAGAGUCAAU